AUGCUUGUAUUAGCAUUAAUUAGUUUAGUUAGUGCAAGUACUUAUUACUCUGUGCUUCACAAAUCUGAAGGGACAUACAAAGUAGUUCCUGGUAGAUUUGGAGAUGCUUGUGCUGUUGGAUAUUAUGAUGACACUAUUCAGACAACAGGAUGGGGACAAUUAUAUAUUAGAAGUAACUUCAAAUUAGAAGAGACUGAACAGUCAUAUUGUUUAGGAUAUUUAGAAGCAUAUUUAACACAUCACUAUAUGUAUUUGUAUUGGACUAACUACAAAGCAAAUGAAUAUGAAAAUGGUCAACCAUCUGAUACAUUAAUUAAUAAAAUGCAAGAACAACUUGAUUUCUUUAAGACAGAAUCAUCAACAAAUACUAGUGAAUAUUGGAGAAGACAAAAAGUUAUUAAAUAUCAAUUUAAUGGAUUAGUAGAUGGAUACAUGGCAGCAUCUCCUGCAGAAGAAGAACUUCCAGAAAUUGAACUUUAUAUGUUAAUUUCAGUUGGAGAUUUAGAAAAUUUAAAUGAGCUUUAUAAAACAGGAAAAGAACCAGAAACGUCAAUUGUCUAUAUGAGAAAAGCAUUUCCUGAUAGAAUUUAUCAUGAAUGUAGUGCAUUAGUUCGUGCAGUAGGAGAUGAAGUUUAUUUUGCACAUGGAACAUGGAGAGGAUAUUAUGCAAUGUUGAGAAUUUAUAAAGUUUAUGAUUUGUUUUAUGGAGGAAGAAGACUUAAAAUGAGUUUCUCAUCAUCACCAGGACUUAUUCAUUCAAAAGAUGAUUACUAUACUGUUAAUGCUGAAGACACACAAUUAUUUGUAGCAGAAACAACAAAUUCGGUUCAUGAUUCAAGUAUUUAUGAAGAUAUUAAUGAUAAAUUACUCUCAUGGCAACGUAUUUUAUCUGGUCUUUAUUAUGAAAGAACAGCAAAAGAAUUUGUUGAAUUAAUUAAGGGUUAUAAUUCAGGUACUUACGAUAAUCAAUGGAUUGUUUUUGAUGUAAAUGCAUGGAAAAAAAAUAAAUUAGAGUCAUUAUUUAUUUGUGAACAAAUGCCUGGAUUAAUGAAAUCACAUGAUGUUACUGAAUAUUUAAUUUCAGAAGAAAAACAAAUAUGUGGCCUUCAUAUAAUAGAUGUUAAAAACGUUCAAAGUUUAGAAGAUAUGAAACGUAUUAUGUUAUAUAACGAUUACCAAAACGAUGAAUUUUCUAAAAACGAUCCAAAAGAAUCUAUUGCCUCUCGUUAUGAUCUUCGUGCUGAUAAACCAAAUGCUUUUGGAGCUAUUGAUGCUAAAAUAGUUUCUACUUCUAAUCCACAUCUCACUUAUGCUAUUUCAGGACCAACCCAUCAAGGACAACCAGUUUUUGAAUGGACUGAAAAAUUUAAAAAUGUUCAUGUUGGAGUACCAGAAAAAUUUAAUUUUGAUUGGGUGGAGAUUAAUGACAAGCAAUAA